GAAGACUCUAACUGGGAGCUCACAUUCUUAUUUGUAUUUUAACAGAAAAUCCCUGGUGAUCUGAGAAAACAUGCCUCUGGCUAAAGAUUUGUUACACCCCAGUUUAGCUGAGGAGAUGAGGAAACACAAGAAGAAGAGGCUGGUGCAGAGCCCCAACUCUUUCUUCAUGGAUGUCAAAUGUGCAGUGUGCUUCAGAAUCACCACCAUCUUCAGCCACGCGCACACAGUGGUGGCUUGUCCAGGCUGCUUAACGAUCCUCUGCAGGCCACGAGGGGGCAAAUGCAGACUAACAGCAGGCUGUGCUUUCAGAAGGAAAUACUCAUGAGCUGCAUUAAUCAACAGGUGGCAGAAUGGACAAAGACCGAAAGGAUCCUAAUCUCAUUUUGCUAACCCUUUAACGACAAAACUGUCGGGGAAUUUAGGUGAAGGUUAUGGCUGCUUAUCAUUAAUUAAUUAAUGUCGACCCGCGUGUGAGGUCAGAGAGUCUCGUCUGCUCAGAGAGAAGCACCUGAUAACUCCAAGGCCUUCUC